AUGGGUCUGGGAGUGCUGGAUGUCCCUGACCAUAUCGUGGUCCCAGGCACCUCGAACAUCUACGAACGAGACCGGGACUCGAGCGAGCCGUCGCCUCACACCUCUGGGCUGAAAUAUGACUGGACUACGAAAGAGCCUACGGUGCUAGUACCACAGCCCAGCGAUGAUCCCAAUGACCCUUUGAACUGGCCUCUAUGGCGACGGGAUGUGAUCCUCGGCAUUCUUUCCUUCGUCACGGUCCUUUGUACGACACUUAGCUCAAUCAUGGCCGCCAAUACUGUCACAAUCGCCGACUACGAGGAAAUCACAUUCGUUGCUGCUGCACUUCUGACCGGCUACCAUCUUUGCGGCGUGGGCGUAGCGGGCAUUCUGAUCGUGCCCACCGCGCGCGUCUGGGGCAAGCGCCACCUAUUCCUGAUCGGACACGUCUUGAUGAUUGUGAGCUGUGUCUGGGCCGGCGCAAGUGGGAAAAAUGUAAAGAGUCUUCUGUGGGCUCGAAUUUUCCAAGGAGUUGCUUUGGCUCCGUUUGAGGCGUUGGUUAAUGCCUGCAUCGGUGACCUUUAUUUCGUCCAUGAACGAGGAAAACGCAUGGCGGUGUCGAACGUCUCGCUCUUUGGUGCUGCCUUUUUGGCGCCUGUUUUCGUCGGCAAGAUUACAAAGUCCAUUAACUGGCAAUGGUCCUUCUACUUUGUGGCCAUCUUCCUCGCCGCUGCUUUGCCGUUUAUGAUCGUGUUUGUACCGGAGACUGCGUAUCGCCGUGCCGACCAUCUGAACACCGACUUUAAGCACAAGACCGGUCGUAAUGAAUCGACCGACUCACAUUUGCCGCUCGGCGAAACCUCAAAUGACGAACCCAAGGCAUUCGUCAGUGGAGAGGUGCCAAUCAGUGGAACGUCAAGGACGGAAGUAUCCGCGGCACCCGUUCCACAAAAGGAUACUCUUUUACAAUCCAUGAGACUUUUCAACGGACGAAAAACAGAUGAAAACUUUUUCAAGCUCCUUCUGCGUCCCUUCCCCCUGUUUCUGCAUCCUGGCAUACUUUAUGCGAGCGUCGUCAUCGGCUGGGCAGUUUUCAUCGGUGUUGUUUUGGCAAUCGUAUUCCUCGGCCCACCUCUCUGGUUUGAAGAGGACAAGACAGGCUACCUUUACACAGGUGCCUUUAUCGGGUCUGUGGUGGGUCUGAUCUUGGCCGGAGUACUCACCGAUUACAUGAACAAGGUGAUGGUCAGAUUGAACCGGGGCAGAUACGAACCUGAGUUCCGGCUUUUGCUGGUAAUUUUCCAACUCGUCUUUGCCUGCAUGGGCCUGUACGGCUUUGGAUGGACGGCGAAUGACGUCAUGAAGUAUGGAUGGCUACUCCCAGAUGUGUUUUUUGCCUUUUUGAUUAUCGGGAUGGUGAUGGGUGCGGUUGCGGCCUCAUUAUAUAUCGCAUUUACAUGUCUGUUGGUUUUCAAAAACAUGUUCAGUUUCUUGUUAACUUUCUACGCCUACGAAUGGUUUGCGCACGGCGGCGUAAAGCACACCAUGAUCAUCAUUGGCAGCAUUCAGGCGGGUAUUUGCUUGCUGAGUAUUCCAAUGUAUGUUUUCGGGAAGUGGAAUCGAGCUUUCUGUGCGCGUUACGAUAUCCUUGAGAUCCUACAUCUCUGGUAA